UUAUUUUGAAAAAUGCUCAUCAACAGAAGUCCUCUGUACUUCAUGGAUUACACAGAAUAUAAACACUGCGAGAAUGUGAUCGACUAGAUAACUGUUAAGGAUAUAUUCAAUGAUUUUACAACAAGAAAGUGGUGACCAAACCUCUUCAUUUCCUGAAAAGCUGAAGUAGCGUCUCCAGAGUGCUUGCAGAUAACAGCCAAAAUGAAAGUACUGCUUUUAAAAGAGCCACGAGAGAGUGACAGCGGACCAGACCCGUAUAUAAAGGAGCUGGCUGCCUAUGGACUCUCCGCUACACUGAUCCCUGUUCUCUCUUUUAAGUUUGUGUCACUGAAUGUCCUGUCGGAGAAGCUUUUUCAGCCAGAGAAGCAUGGAGGGCUGAUCUUUACGAGCCCCAGAGCAGUCGAAGCCGUGAAAAUGUGCAUCGAAUCCAGCGCACGGAGAGAAGAGUGGACCGCUGCAAAAGACAAGUGGAACACAAAGUCAGUGUAUGUGGUGGGGAAGGCCACUGCAUCACUAGUUGAGGCUCUGGGUCUGACCACCUGUGGGGAGCAAACAGGCACUGCAGACGUUCUGUCUCGACUCAUCAUUGAAAGAGAAGAUCCGGCGAUCCUGCCUCUGCUGUUUCCCUGCGGCUCGCUGAAGAGAGAAGUGCUGCCCACCGCGCUCAGACAAAACGAAAUCCCUCUGGAGACCCUCACAGUCUAUCAGACGGCUGAACAUCCUGACCUGGAGAAAAACAUCACUCACUAUUUUAAUAACCAGGGGAUGCCUGCCAGCGUCGCUUUCUUCAGUCCUUCAGGGGUGAAGUUCUGUUUGGACACUUUAAAGAGACUGGCUGGACCGCAGCUGGACCAGAUUAAGUUUGCUGCAAUAGGCCCCACCACAGCAGACGCUCUGGAGGCAGAGGGCCUGACGGUGGGCUGCUCAGCGGAGAAACCAACCCCACAGCACCUCGCCAAGGGCAUCGCACAGGCCCUGAGCUCAGCCGCCUCUGACCUUUGACCUACGAGCCACAGCAUCAGUACACUCCGUCCAGAGGAAGAAGAUUUAGGUAUUACACACUGGAUUGUUUAUUAGUUAAAGGAGAAUUCCACCAAUUUUUCAAAAUUUCUGCAUAACUAAAUGGUUAAGAUGUAAUCAGAGCCGUUCAGAGUAGUUUGGUGUGAAACGCUCUGUUCUAGAU